UCGCCGCCGCCAUGUUGCUGUUGUUGCGCGCGCUGCCACUGCUCGCCGCCGUGCUGCCGCUGCGCGCUGACGUCAAUGUCAUGAAAGACGUCACCCUCGGCUUCGGACAAGCGUUGGACAAGUGUCGCCAGGAGAGUCAACUGACGGAGGAGAAGAUGGAAGAGUUUUUCCAUUUCUGGCGUGAAGACUUCAAGUUCGAGCACCGCGAGUUGGGCUGCGCCAUCCAGUGCAUGAGCCGGCACUUUAACCUGCUGACCGACACCAGCCGCAUGCACCACGAGAACACCGAGCAGUUCAUCCAAUCCUUCCCCAACGGCGAGGUGCUGGCGCGGCAGAUGGUGGAGCUGAUUCAUGCAUGCGAGAAGCAGCACGACCACGAGGAGGACCACUGCUGGCGCAUCCUGCACGUGGCAGAGUGCUUCAAGCAGGCGUGCGUGCAGCGCGGCAUCGCGCCCUCCAUGGAGAUAAUGAUUACCGAGUUCAUCAUGGAGGCUGAGGCGCGCUGACCUGCCCACUCACACACUCGGCAACAACUAACACUAGACGCGGAAAAUGUUCUUUAAUUAACUAUGUUUGUAGAAAUGAAUGACUCUUGGAUAUACCUACGGGAUGUAUUUUAUAUUUUUAAGUAGGUAGGUAUUUUUAAGUAGGUAAGUAAUGUAAGGGCCUAAGAAUACGGCAGCCGAUAUACUUCACGACUUAAGCUUGCAAAUGGAUCCGAACUAUUAGCUAUAAGGUCAAUAAUAAUAUUUACAGUUACAUAAUGAUAACAAUAUUUAAUUAUUUAUUAAACAAAACAUUAACUCUAUAACUAUGACAUUUCCGCCACCAUCUGGUUCUGGACUCAUUAAAGUUAUGAACUGAAA